UCCAGAGACCCCACAACCAACGAACACAUCCCGUACGCGGAAAAUAGGAAUCUCACGGGCACAGCGCGAUAUGCAUCAAUCAACACUCAUUUGGGCAUUGAACGAAGUCGACGAGACGAUCUGGAGAGUUUGGCUUACAUCGUCAUAUAUUUUCUAAGAGGCAGUUUGCCCUGGCAGGGGAUCAAGGGCUCAGUCAAGAAGGAGAAAUACCGACGGAUAGGCGAAAAGAAGGUGUCGAUCCCGAUUGAAGACCUAGUCCGCGGCUACCCCAGCGAACUCACCAAGUUCCUCCGCUACGUUCGCUCGCUGCGCUUCGAGCAGAAUCCCAACUACUCCUAUCUCGCGAGUCUCAUCAAGUCAGCCAUUGCCAAAGUCGGACCGACACCCACCCACUUCGGAGACGCGUCGUCAUCCUCCACCCAACAACAACAACAACAUCAGCGUCGCACCGACACUGCGUCAGUGUCGGAAAACACGUCGACGACCACAACCACGUCACCGCUGGAAGUGUUUGACUGGAACGUGCGCGCGUUGGAGUUGUGCGAGAAGGGCCGCGUGGACGCCACUCGACGCAGCCCGUACCCCAAGUGGCGCUCGCGGACCGACCACGACCACAACCACAACCACCAGCAGCAACAGCCCCCAUGGUACGGGUAUGCAAAGAGGUCGAUGAAUGCGGGGGCACUUCGGGACAAGACCAAGUCCCAGUCUUACAGAAGUCCCACCAUUUUCCAGCAGCACACCAAGUUAGUUCAAUUCACUUACGGCCGCGAGGAAGAAACUUACACAAGGCAACUGCAAAGCUUCGCAGCCUCGAAACGCAAAGACCUCGUCCUACAAGGCAAGUACCCACAGGACCCAGUGAAUCAGAGCGCACAGAACGUUGCAGUGGCUUUUUAA